ACAUUAUACAUCUACCAUCCCGUUACGGCGCUCCAGGUCUUCUCAGUACACACAUCAGCCUUACUUCGCGACCGUGAAGAGGGGAGAUUGUCCGGGACCAAAACAAGGCUUUGCACAGAUAGUGUAAGAAGGUAUUGUACUGUUUAUUUUUGAUAUGUGGCUCAUAACACAUUGCUCUUACAAGCUACCUCUAUCCAGAGUCGAUAUAAACUGUGGGUUGUUUCAGGGCGAGAUAAAAACAGUCGCUUUGCUAGCCUAGCCAGAUUACAGCUAAUGCUAGUUGUCUUCUGUGAACUUCCUCAGCUCCUGUCUGCUGUUAGCCUGUUAGCUGUUUCAAAGGUAGUGGUGAGAUAACUUGUUAGAAACUUCUGGAAGCGUGGAGAGAGCUUGGAGGCUGAUUUAUUUGAUCGGAAAAGGUAUACGCAAUAGUCAAGGAUGCGUGAAAUACAGUAAAGUUGCUAAUCGUAGGAUGCUACAAUAAACACUUUCAGUUGGUUUCAUGUUGCUACUGUUUGUUAUGUCGUGUUGUUUUUAUUCUGAAAAGACUUAUUAACUCUUUUCGUAGUGUGCCGUGCGAAUGACCGACAAAGAGGAGAUCAUGGACGGGUCUGACGGUUCUGACAGUCCGUCGCCGGUGAAGAAGAAUGGACGAACCUCGUUGCUGGACAGCGGGGAGGACUUUGAGGUUUUAGAUGAAGAAGACAUUGACGACGACCCCCCUCCUCUGGAAGAUGCUGGAGGUGGGAAGGGGAAAAACGUAGAUGACUCAAAAAAUGAAGCCCCAGAACCUCCAGUCCCUGCAGAAGAAUGGCUGGAUGUUUUAGGUAUGCAACAGAGAGAUACCAUGUCAGAUUGAUACAGACUACAUCCUAUACAAGUUGCUAUUUUCUAAGAGUUCAUAUUGAUGUAAGGGAUAUGUAAUUCCAUUAUCCCCUUGUGCACAACAAAGUGUAAUGUGUAUGCUCUAUUGCUGAUCAGGACCAAACUGAGGUUUUAAAAAUUGGUUCAAAGGCUCAGAGAGAGAAACUGACCCCCAAACUCUACAAAAUAGGACUUAACCCCAGCAAAGAAGCACGAAGUCUCGGGGUGGUCUUUGAUGCUGAUUUUAAUUUCAAAACUCAUGCUUGGGGGGUCACUAAAACAGCCUUUUACCAUCUUAAAACAUUGCUAAAGUACAACCGUUACUCUCUAUAACCAGCAGGCUUGACUACUGUAAGGCUCUUCUCUCUGGUCUACCAAAAAGUACAAUAAACCAGCUACAACUGAUCCAAAACUUUGCUGUGAGAGUUUUGACUAGGACCAGGGGAAGAGCUCAUAUUACACCCAUUUUAAAGUCUUUGCACUGGCUGCCUGUUAGUUUUCGCAUUGAUUUUAAAAUAAUUUUAAUAGUUUAUAAAGCUCGACAUGGCCUGGCACCAGAAUAUCUUUCAAAGAUGAUUUUAAUUUAUAAACCAGGGCGGUCUCUCAGAUCCUCUUAGUCUUCUGUUUUAGUCGUUCCACAGAGCAGAACAAAGAGAUUUGGUGAUGCUUCUUUUAGCUGCUAUGCUUCAAAACUGUGGAACAAACUUUCAGAGGGUCUGAGACAAGCUGCAGAUAUUGAAAUAUGUAUGUAAUAUAUGUAAAGCUUCAUUAUUUUAAUCACUAUUAUAAUUUAUUUAUUUAUAUAUUAUAGUAUCACUUUUUACCUUAUUUUAUUAAUAAAUUCAAGUUCAUAUUUUAUUGUCUGCUUUAAUCUAUUUUAAUAACUUUUAUUUUUCUUGUCCUGAUGUAAAGCACUUUGAGCUGCAGUUUCAUUUGUAUGAACAGUGCUAUAUAAAUAAACUUUGAUUGAUUGAUUGAUUGAUUGAUGUGUGUAUUCAGGUAAUGACCAACUGAAGAAGAAAGUCUUGGAGGCUGGAGAAGGGAGAAACAGUCGACCGCAGAAAGGGCAGAAUGUAAAAAUCAAUCUGAAAACAUGCCUGAAAGACGGGACGCUGGUAGAGGAGCAGUCUGACCUCACAUUCACUCUUGGAGAUGGCGAUGUCAUUCAGGUAAAACUGGACAGUUUGAGAUAUUCCUUCAGGAGGAAAGGCUGAAAUAUUUAUCUGUGGCUUUCACAACAGCUGGUGUUAUAUUUUCAAUAACAUGCAAUGAAUCUUGAACUUUCAGGCUCUGGAUCUCACAGUGCAGCUUAUGGAGAUGGGAGAGAAGGCCCUGAUACAGACAGAUGCAAAAUAUGCAUAUGGUGCUCGGGGGAGGUAGGAAUAUGGUGUAAUGAUAAAUCUUAAGGGAUUUCUAAACUAAAUCUUUCAUGUUUACUAAAACAAUCAUAACCUCAAAGGAAAGUGUAAAGUGUAAGUCAUCCUCUGCAUUAAUCUGAAGUCAAAUUUCUGCAUAUGUAAUCCAGGGAUUGAUUGCAGCCAAAUUUAGCUUUUUCUCUUCCUCUUUCCAGUCUUGAACCUGAGAUUCCCCCCAGUGCUGAGCUAUCCUUAGAAGUCGAACUAAAGGAAGCCACUGAUGCUCCAGAUCUGGAAAUGCUACCUCCUGCAGAGAAGAUUGCCUUAGCCAGUCAUAAAAGAGAGAGGGGCAACAUUCACUAUCAGCGCGGGGAUUACGCUUUUGCUGUUAACUCAUACAGCAUUGCUCAACAGAUAGCAGAGUCCAGCUCUAAAGGUGAGAUGCAGGUCAGAAAGGAAAGAUAGAGAGGUUUAUAUGAGGUUAUAUUUUUCAGCAGUUGGAAGUGACAAACCGUCUGUCUGCUCUUCUUGGUAUGGAAGCAGGACUCUAACCUAGCAAAGCUCUCACUGGGGUUAUGUAUGUUGAAACACUAAAGUUCUGCAGUAGAAAAAGCUCUGAGAUGUUCCAUCUUGUUUUCAAGGAGAUUCUUGGACAUAAAUGCUGUUUUCAUAGUUCUGUUACAUAUCUCUACUUGUUUUAAAGCUUUGUUUUUGUUUUCCUUUUUAGUUGACAUCAGUCCUGAGGAGGAGAAUGAGCUGAUGGAUGUUAAAGUGAAAUGUUUAAACAACAUGGCCGCCUCUCAGCUGAAGCUGAACCACUAUGAUGCAGCACUUAAGUCUUGUGUUUCAGCCCUGGCACACCAGCCAGACAAUAUAAAAGCGCUUUUCCGCAUGGGCAAGGUACAGACCACUUUUAUUCAUUCACCUUUUUCUGUUUUCUGUUGCACAUUUUUUUAAUUCUAAAUGACGUGUUUUCACUCAAGGUACUAGCUUUGCAAGGGGAUUACACUGAAGCUAUUCAAACACUGAGGAAGGCACUGAAGUUGGAACCCAGCAACAAGGUAAUUUCUGCCCUAUGGAUUAGAUACUGUUGAAACUCAGGCAGCAGCAUGGUUGAACAAUCUUCUAUAAAUGGCCAGUAGAUGGUGCUAUAGGGUAAAAUAUCCAACCAGUUUGUAUCGCAAGGUCAGGUGGACUGCUGAUGCAUCAUUUCAGAGGAUCUGUUUUCAUGUUGUUGCUGUAAAUAGGUUUGCCCUGAACCCCAGCCAUAUCUAAUACCUAGCCUCUGAUACUGGGCUACUGCAUAUACAGACGGGUAUACAAGGUUCUUUUGCUAAACAAGGCCAUCUGACAGAACUCGGCUCAGCGCGUGGGAUCCUUGGAUCAGCUGUGAGCUGUAGCAGGACUGCGCUCUUGCCCAAAACCCCCACUUGUGUCCUACACCAAUCUGUUAAACAGCACAUGGCCCAGCCACUAUUUAAGCUUCCCAUCCAACACAUGCAGAGUAAAGACAAUUGAUGAUAACAUUUUGAAAGAUAAUAUUUUAGAGGGGUUGUUUUUUUUUUCUUUUAAAAAUCUUUAAUAUCCUAAUGUGUCUAAACUGUGAUUCUUGAUGGAAAAUUGACUGAAAUGGGCUUUCAGUUUCCAUCAUCUAAAGAAACAAAUUUAGCUGUAGUUCAGUGUCUUUUGUGGCAAUACUAUUUUCACCACCACACGACAAAAAACUAAAGAAACAGGUUCAUUUAUACUGGAAAAUCUGCUAGCCUCAAGGGUCACUGGUGUGGUAUUACCUUGACUACCUUGUGAGACAUAAUGUUUUUACCCUGUAAAUGUUAUGGUUUCGGCUCUAACAACAAGAAGAGCCGUAUAGCUUCACAGCCUAACCUCAUGUGUUGUUAUGAAUAAAGUUAUAAUCAAUACUACUUGCAUAUCCCACAAGUAUUUGUCCAGAACUGUUACAUUUAAUCAGACCUAAUUUGGGAAUAUGCCGGAUGAAAACCUGUGCACCUUUUUCUGCCAAGUAUAAUGAGAAUAACGUGAUUUUGUUUUGAGCUUGUUUAUUUAUCCUAAAUAAGUUAAUUUUUGAUAGUCAUAUUUUUUAUAAUAUUGGAGAUUUACUGUGCAUUUAAGUUAUUUAUUUGCAUUGUUUCAUUGUUUGAAUCAUUACCGUAAAAUCAAAAGUAAAUCAAAAUAGCUAAAUUUGAGUAUGUGCAAGAAAUGCAGGGUCCUUUUUGCUUUACCUGUGCAGUGAUAUAAACCUUCUGUUUUUGUAAUAUCCAUCUACCAACACACUCUUUCAAACUAAGCUGUUCAGUCGUGAAAAGGGUCUUGCCUCCACAGCUCUACUAAUGACAAGACCUUCUAUACAACCCUGUGUUACCGCAGGUACAGUGGGUGCACUUCAGUACCAACAUCAGAAUGCUGCCUUUAUAAUCAGUAAGGCGUUCUUCAACAGGCGCAGGCGUCAUGGAGUGACAGGAUGAUGUACCAUUGCUGUCUUCUACAGGCACCGACAGACAUGCUGUCUACAUUUUUUACACUGAAGUCAGCUGUUUAUGCCCUCUACUAUCAAUUCAAAUGGAUGAGAGAAGAUUUAUUUGUCUGGAGUUUGUUUACUUUUUGACGUAUUUGCGCACACUUAGACAGCCUCAUACUGUCUCAUCAGGGUGUUUGGGAUCAGAGAUGAUGUUAGGACAGGGUGUAACAUGUUUGUUUGGCCUACUUUAUCCUCAUUUGGGACAGGUCAGUAUUUUUGUCAUUUUAGUGGAUAGCUGAUAUGGUGAUAACUUGCCUGUGGACCUUCACUCAAACACAGUUAAUCUUGAUGUUAUCUUUAAGAUUGAAAACUUACACUGACAAUAAGAUUAACUCUUACUACAAAUGUUUGUGAAGGAACGGUGUGCUCAAUAUGAGAAAGUGCACAUUAAUGAUAACACUCUGAACAGGAACUUCAUCAGUCUGUCUGAAGCGCAUUUAUGAAAAACAAAUCUUAUUGUUUCUCUGACAGGCCUUGCUUGCCCAGCAUUUACCGGCUUAGUGACUCAGAUCUGUUCCAGUGACAAAACAAUACCUGAACCCAUCUCCUGGAAGUAUGUUGCAAUAUUGGCAAAAACAAAGACUCGUUUUAUGACGCACCGAAGAACAGCACAACACUUUUCCCAGUAUUUUUUGAUCUAUGUUUGAUCAAUACCCUACGUAACUAUCCAUCAUGAUAAUCAAAAAGUGAUGAUUACAUUCCUCCCUUAUGCCUUGGGAUUCCACUUUUGAUGCUUGUAAGACCAUUCAAUGAUCACAUGUAUGCGUUAAUGUGAGGAUAUUAUCAUUCCGAUACACCCCUGUUAGGAGGUAAUCAGUCUUGUGUUGUUUUACUGAAGUAGGAUUUGUUUUUUAAUGUUUGAAUAGCCAGGAGUAUACAUAAGAUAUUGAACUGGAGCCUUUUUAUCUUGUCUCUUCUGUAUAGACAAUCCACGCAGAGCUCUCCAAGCUGGUGAAGAAGAACUCCGAGCAGAGAGGAGCGGAGCAGGCCAUGUAUAAGAAGAUGUUGGGCAACCCCACCAGUGGCAGUAGCACACAAAAACACAAAGCCAAGUCUUCUUGGGUGAGGCAGUCCUUCCCUGAAUAAACAAAAAUGUUACAGCGAAAUCUCUGUCCAUCAUCACAUGAUGACUGAAAUGUUUACAAGAGUCAAGGGAACCUUUGUGUGCCAAUGAACCAGAUGUCUCAGUAAUUUAUAUUUCAAAUUUGAUCAGUAUCAUGCUUUGACUGUCUUUUAUUGUGUAAUAAUACAAUUCACCUCAUUAACAUUGACCUCUCUGUUACUUUUUCCUUCCCCAGGGUCUCAGCUGGAAGUGGCUGUUUGGUGCCACUGCCGUAGCCAUUGGUGGUGUAGCGUUAUCAGUUGUCAUAGCUGCUAGAAAUUAAUCCAAACCUCUCCUGAUGACCUGACUUAGCCCUGACAGUUUGAGAAGAUCAACACAAAAGCACAUCUGGCAGCCAAAAGGGGUAAAAAUAUCAAGUGGUCGGGUGCUUCUUCUUCUCUGUCACUCUCUUUUCUCUGCUAUGUUUGAGAACUUAAUGUGACUAAUUACAAAGCAUCAAUAUUUGCAUCAAGACACUGUAUUUUCAAUCUUAGGAAUUAGGAAUAUCCGCAUUCAUGCAUGUCUGUCAGAUUGCCAGACACUAUUUUCAUUUGCUGUUAUUGUUUUUUGUCUUUGAUAGAUAAUAUUGAUUAUUUGCUUUAGGUGAAAAAUCAUUUACUGCACAUUCAGGUAGGAGUUAUCUAAGCAAAUUUUUCCCGUUCGAAAUAGCUUUUGUGUUAAGGUCCUACAUUAUACCUAGUUUAAAAUGUCCGAUUGUGCAUUUACUUUAUUUUCCAGAGAGAUGUAAUUCACUUCUUUAUGACAUUACCGUGUUUCAUGCUUUCUGAUUGAAUGACGAUCCUGUUUUAUUUCAGCUUAUGUGCUAGCUGUCACUCUCUCUGCAGUCUUUACAUAUACCCUGAGUGACCUGACAAUUACAAACACAGAGAUAAAGAGAUGAUACAAUACAUCAGUCAGGUUUUAAAACUUGAGCCAAAGUUAUUAAUGUGUUGAGUCAGUCUUAUGGUGUCUAUUUAGGCUGGAGUUUGAUGCCAUGAUGAAUGAGAGGUUUCCCUAAAGUUUCCAUCAACAUUGUUAAAAGUAUAGAAAGACCUCGCCAUGUUGCAGCCUAUUCAAGUCAUGCUAGUCUGACACAGCAACUUCAACAACAUAACUGAUUCACAUUUGAGCUGACUGUGGGUACUGUAUUGCCAUACAAAACUGAAAGUGUGUGAUUUUCCUGGUAUGUUGUAAAAUACAUAAAAGCGUUAGUUAAAGAAGUUAUGCUGUACUUUUUUGAUAGUUGUUUAACAGCUAGGUUUGGUUCCCUCUAAACAGUUAUGAUGAACGGUACAUGGAGUUUGUUUGUUGAUAUGGCCAUGACAAUGUUAAGGAUAGUUUAUUUUUAGUACUUAGUUCCAGUCACUUUAUACCUCAGUUUUUGAAGACUAAGACCAAAUGUUGAAGAAGGACCAUUCAGGUACCACUUUUGGUGCUUAACUUGUUCCUCCAUACUCUUUCACUGACAGAGUUUUCCAUUACUUGUGUUCCCAUCAGGUGUUUAUUUAUUUCCCUGUUUUGUUAUUUAAUUUCUGAAAUACAGUUCAAGUGAAAGCCAAGUUUCUACUGCUACUCCAGUGUAGAUGUAAGGUCCAAAGAGCCAAAAGUUGCUUUAUUUCUUAACUGUCUGUGACAAAUGAAGUGUUCUGCUUUCAACAUCCCUUGCUUUUGUUGAUUUUUUUAUUUUAUUUAUCACAAUAAAGAUGUAUCUGUUGUCAAACUCUU